CGCUAGCCAGGAAGCAGCCACGGCCGGCACCCCCAUAAACCGAAGGUCAGAGCUCACAAGUCAGAGCCGCGUUUUUGCUCCAUCGAUCGUGCUCGUGCCCUUCACUCACACAAGCCCACUGCCCUGCCAGUACUGUCCGAACCGAAUCCCCCCGCAACUCGAUCCACCCACGUAUAUAAACCAUCGAUUGUUUCCUACCUUUCGGUUCCUCCCACUACACCGGCCGAGGCGAUCGAUUGAGAUGGCAGAGGGGUGGUGGGGCUCUGGCUCUGCACGAACCGGCGGCGACGCGCUCUCGGCGUGCUCCGCCACCCCUGCCGGGUCAGAAAUCAGCGGGAAUUCGGGGAUGAGUUCGGGGCCUGCAGCUGCAGGUUUGUCGGACUGCUCCGCUGCCGCCUCGCCCUUCUUCCUUGCUGAUCCGCAGAUGGAUUGGACGCAGCCCUUCUUCAGGGCCGGGAAAGUAGGAGCAGGGCCCGACGCUCCGACGAGCUUCAACGCGUUGCUCCACCUCCAAGGCGACGCGAGCCGCCAAUUCCUGCUCGAUCAGGCAGAGCAUCCGCCCCCCGUUCCGGCUACCCCGUACACCGACGGCGCGUCGCAUCAGGGGUCCCUGUACGGCUCCAGCUUGGCCAGCAGCUAUGGUGACACGCAGGCUGCCGCGACGAUGAAGCCGUUCUCGCAGCAGCACCACCAAUUCCCAGACUUCUUCAGCUCGACGGGGCUCUUUGGUACGCCAGCUCCGAUCCCGAGGUCGCCGCAGCCUCUCCUGCAGGCUCUGGAGCCCAAACUCCUCAAGGCCAGCGCUGCACCUGCGGCUCAGGACGCCUGCUCGUCGUCAUCGGCGACGAGAAAGAGCAGCGCCGCCCCUCCGGCGGCGAAGAAGCCCCGGACCGAGACGCCGUCGCCGAUGCCGACUUUCAAGGUGAGGAAAGAGAAGCUCGGGGACAGAGUCACCGCGCUCCAGCAGCUGGUCUCGCCUUUUGGAAAGACGGACACGGCAUCGGUUCUUCACGAGGCCAUCGGAUACAUCAGGUUCCUUCACGAACAAGUUGCCUCUCUCAGCUCUCCCUACUUCAUCAGCGGUCCUAUGCAUCUCCAGCACAAACAGGGUUCAGACGACGGCGAGGCAAAGGAAGACUUGCGGAGCCGAGGCCUGUGCCUUGUCCCGGUGGCGAGCACUUACACGAUGGCCAGCGAUACGGCGCCGGAGCUCUGGCACCCUACCUUUGGAGGCACCUUUCAUUGAUUCUAAGAUCGAGAUAGACAUGCAAGUAGUAUCUAGUAGCACAUUAUAGCCAACUAGCUAGGCAGGUAUGCAUAUGUGUGCGUGCGUGCGUGCGUGCGUGUGCGUGUGCGUGUGUGUGUGCUAGUUAAGCAAUGUGGUACUCAUGGUCUCAUGCCACACCACUAGAUCACAGUGUUGAAGCAAAAUCAGAAAGAAAGAAAAACUUUGAGCACUCAGCUAUGUGCCGUCAAAGUGAAAUCAUGUGUACGUAUUGCAUCAAUGAAAAACUAAAGGGCGAUAAAAAAAGGAAAUAUAUUUGAA